GGUAUGAUUGUUGCAGCUUUCUCUCUUAGUCUCGCUGGGAUCCAAAGUGUUUGUUUCAAGUUGUUGCACGAGGAAAAUAUAGAUUAAAAAUGCCACAUCCUGUGACUCUUUACGGACCGUCACCCUGGGGCUUUAGAUUAGUAGGAGGCAAGGACUAUAGCCAACCCUUAACAAUUUCACGGGUUACUCCUGGCAGUAAGGCAUCCUCAGCAAAUCUGUGCCCUGGUGACAUAAUUGUAGCUAUCAAUGAAGACAGUACAGAGAAUAUGAACCAUCUUGAUGCCCAGAACAAGAUCAAGGCCUGUACGGACCAGCUCACACUUUCCAUUAACAGGCAUGAAAACAAACCCUGGUCCCCAAAUGGUUUUGAAGAUGUAAAUGCUCAAUCUUUCAAAAGCAAUUUCCAAGCACCUCCACAGGACUGCAGACCCACAGGGAGUCCAAAUAACAGAAAGCCAACACCAUUUGCAGUUGGUGCAAAUACAAAUGAGACCAAACAGUUUGCAAGUACACAGUACAACACUCCCGCUGCAUUGUAUGCCAAUGACAACGUAGACCACACUCUGCAGGAGCAAUUAAGUGGGCUUCACGUUGCCUCUCCACAGUACACUGAGCCAUCAAAGGCGUCUCCAAAAUUGUGGAAUGAAGUUGACACUGAAUCAGAUGUUUAUAAGAUGCUUCGGGAUGGCGAAGAGCCACCGUCAGAACCCAAGCAGUCUGGAUCUUUCAAAAUGCUGCAGGGCAUGUUGGAAGCUGAACAGACAGGUGACAAAAGUGAAAGGCCAGCUGCCAUCAAAAGUAUAAAAUCCCCUGUAUCAAAAUUCAGCAAUGCUCCACCGACACUACAGAAGUUACCUCAGUGUACUAGAUGUGAGACCGGCAUUGUUGGUGCUGUUGUUAAGGCACGGGAGAAGCUAUAUCAUCCAGCGUGCUUCAUGUGUUCUGACUGUGGAUUAAAUCUAAAACAGAAAGGAUACUUCUUCAUUGAAGAGCAACUAUAUUGUGAGACCCAUGCCAAAGCAAGAGUGCAGCCUCCAGAAGGUUACGAAGUUGUGGCUGUAUAUCCCAACUCCAGGGUGUAAGCUGGUGCCUUCAGGAUCUCAUUGUAUUUAAAAUACUUCUCUUUCUGCUCUAAGAUCUGGAUUCUGACUCCUAUGUGCCAUAAUUUAAAUUUGAGUUUGUGUUGAAGAAAUGGGUAGAAUCAAAAUGAUCCUACAUCCAGAAAUGAUAAAUCUGUCAAAUUGAGUUGAAUUAUAAAUGUUUACCAAGCAUUUUCAAGCAAUGGUAUUAAAUUAACUUGCAGUUGACCGUGUCAGCUUUAUUUUUUAUAUGUUUUGACUCUGCCUGCUUCUUUUCUGUAAAUGAUAAUUUAUGCUAUAUUUGGAUAUCCAUUACUUGUGUUUAAUCAGACUGGGAAUUAAUGGAGCAUAUUAUAUGGUGGGGAGAACCUCAGUGGAACUCUCCAUCUUUCCAUUGGUGGUAGGAGAGCUGUGCUGAAGAUCAUCGUAUGACAAUCACUUGCAAAGUCCCCUGUAUUUUCUUUAACCCGAACACUUUAUUUACAGCAUUCCAAAUUGUUUAUAUCAGCAAAACUUGCGUGGACUAAUAUUUGCACUCUGGUGGGUAAGUGAGGCACAUUCAAAUUGUUCAUUUUGUUGUUAAGAUUGCUUUUGUGAAAUUUCAUGAGAAAUUUUGGUCAUUUUUUAAUCUUGAGCACCAAAACACAUACCACACUAUGGCACAGAAGCUGCUUAAUACUACUACUUUCAUUUCUUUCAGAACUUUGGGCCUUUCUGCUUGCCUUUAAUAGCACAGUAACUUGUACAGAGCUAUUCUACUUAAAUUUGAAACCAGUAUAUAAGAAAAUCUUUCUGAAUGCACUUCUAGAUCUUACACGUUUGCUGUAGGUGGAUACAAAGAAUUAAUACAGUUUAAAAUUAAGAUGACCAUGUUUUUAUUUGUAGGGAAUGGUGUCUUUACCAUAUCAGAUUAUUAAUAGCUGUUAUUUCAGACAAGAAGCUAAUAUGUGCUGCUUUGUUUCAAUGCUGCCUUCCUUAAGGAACUGAUCACAUUUGAUGUUUUCCAGAUAAUAUAUUCUUGCUCUGUUAGGAAAUGAAUUUCAUCUUGUGUAGUAAAGCAGUUUUUUUUACAUCUUUAUACUGAUAGAUUGUUAGCCUUGGAUUAGUCUUUUUAAAACAUGAAGUGUAUAUUGUAGUGUUAAUAGACUUCUUUCAACCAGCCAUUAGUUCAGGCUGGUUUUGCAUUGCUUAUGAAUAAUCAAAAGGCAGAUCUAAAGUGUGCUGAAAUAUCUAGCUUAUUUUUGUGUAAAAUUAGUUGGAGAAUGGGACCUAACACAAGUUCAACAUUAUGCAGGUUGAGGUAACUCGGAACGUGUAUGUUGUAAAUGUAACUAUUUCACCAGUGGAAUGGGAAUAUAAAACACUAGAGGCAUUACUGGGAAAUACUGCAACUUGUCCUGUACUGAAAAAUGUGUUCUUAAUUGUUUCUUUUUGGGCCACAUUAUUUACACCUGCUCACUCUGGAUGGCUGCCUCAUUGCACAUGUUGAAUAGCAAUAAAGGUUAUUAAUUGGCUGCUUGAAUUCAAGGCUGGAAGUACUUUUCAUUCAGAACAGGUGUUGAAGGUAGGCUGUGAGAAGUCCAAUUUGAUGGGACACUAAGAAUCCUGGGUAAGUGGUUUCAGAUGCAGUUUUGAAAUGUCUAUGUACUUUGGAAGCAUCUUGCAGUAAUUUCACUUGGAUAGGUGUAAAAUUGUGGUAGUAAGAGUUGGUCAUACCAUGAGGAUAUGCUUGUUUGAAGAAAUAUAGCCCAUUUAUUGCUUCCAGAAGUACUGAGAAGAGGUGUUGAAUUUUACUGCAGUGUGGUAAAAGAUGACCCUAAAGAGUGUGACCUUUCUUGUUACGGGGUUGGGAGGGAGAAGGGGGUAGAUGUGUAGGGCUAAAGGGCUACAUUUGCAUCUAUUCUUACAUUUGCUACACAUUACAUUUGGACUUGGUUUCCCUGAUGGAAAGAUAAUAGUCAAACUCUAAGAAGCAGCUGCCUUGUGAGCAAUGAUUGACAUUGUUAUUGAAUUGGAAUUAGAUUGUCCAAAUGGUUUUGGGAAAAGGAAUGGAACAUAUUCUGAUUGUAAUGGUUUACAUUAUAAAACCAUAAGACAAGAGCAGAAUUAGGCACCUCAGCCCAUUGAGUCUGCCCCACCAUUCAAUCAUGGCUGAUUCCUUUUCCCCUUCCUCAGGCCCACUCCCUGGCCUUCAGCCCCAUAACCUUUGAUGCCAUGUCCAAUGAAGAACCUAUCAAUCUCUGCCUUAAGUACACCCAACAACCUGGCCUCCACAGCUGCCUGUGGUAGCAAAUUGCAUAAUAUUGUCUGGUAGUUUGCCUAAAAGCACAAUCCACUGGAGGGUUAGUGAGUGAUAUAAUGGAAAUGUAUAGCACUAGGCUUGACCUUAGUGGAGGUUUGUGUCAUUUAUGAUAUUGUACACUUCCUAUUAUUUUUGCUGCAUUGUUAUUUUGUCCUGCAAUAGUUAACAGCAAGUAUUAGAAGGAAAAAGUGAUUUUGUUUGUGGGUAUGAAAACCUGUAUACAUAAUAAAAGAAAACACUAUGAUAAGACCUUUUUUGGAUGACGGCAUGUCUAAGUAUAAGGCAAAUUGUGCCCUAUCUGUGGAUGGUAGAAUUUCAGAGACGCGAGCCAUAUUGGGUGAAAUGAAAAUGUUAUGUUACAUUAUUUUUCCCAUUUUCACAGUAUUAUAGUGUGUGGGCUUUCUUAUUUUUAUAAUCCAUUCUUCUGUAUAGAGUAAACAAUUUUGAGAUGGUUUCUUGUUAACUGCCAGUCUUGGUAAUGUAGCAUCAAUGUGACUAAUCCUCAUCUGUCAUCCUUUCCAUAGGUAUAUUGUUAUAAGUCUCAUAGGGUCAAAGCCAUAGCAAUUACCUCUGCCUAACACUGCUAAAUUGGUUAGUUCACAGCAAACUCCUGAUAUUAAAUGUACAUUCAUUAGAAAUCUCUCAAGGACAGGGGUUCUACCUUGUGAAUGCAUGUUUUCUGUUGCUGAUGGACCAGAAUUGGUGUAGAUUUUGUUCUCGUUUUUCUCCCUCACCAAUAUGCGGAACUGAAGUAAAAACAUUGCUAUUCUAAUGUAACAAACUUACAGUGGAUUUUUGUUAAUUGAGACCCAUCAGAACUGUUACAUUUUGACCAAAAUAAACAAUUAUCCAAAGUUUCAUGGAACUGGAGGUAUAAAAAGGACAACCUGAGCAACAAAUUAUGUAUUUAAUUGCAAUACAGAACAAAUUAGAGUACUACCAAUAGUAUUACAGUACUAUAAAACUGUAUUUGUUUCUAAGCUACAUUAAUCCAGUGUGAGCUGCUGUGUUCUUUUGCUUGACUAUAAAUGAACAAAAUCAGUGUAGACACCUACUGCAAAUAAUGAACUGCUUUCACGCAAUGCUUUCGACGAUUGCAUCCUCCAAGUCUUCAUUUUCAUCGUAGUAUUCAAGAUGCUUGUCAAUACCCUCAAGUUCUUUAUAGUUCCCAACUUAUUGGAGUAGUGAAGUAAUUUCAUGUUUACUCCUGGCCGUUUCUGGCAUCUCCAAGCCUGAAUGCUUGAAACCUCAAUGAGCAAAAUAUUUCUGAAUUGUCUUUAUGCUAACUUCUUGCCAACUGUCAGUAACAAAGAUCACUGCUUUUUGAACACAAACACAUGCAACUGAUGCUAUUUUAAAACUGUUCGCUCGAAUCACAGUGUAUUGUCUAAUGGCAUGCAAGUGCACCUGACUGACACUUGUUAGAAACUGUUCAGCACAGUGUCCUGUCACAAUUAGGCAGCGUAGAGUCCCAAAUAAGCAAAUAGAAUUCUGGCAAUUUUCAUGAUUACAAUUCUGUAAGAGUUGUCACAAAUAAGCAGCUAACUCAAUUAAACACUCUAUUACGUUGUUUGCAAGCUGUCUCAUUAUUGUUCAUAUCAGAACAAUAAAUUCUUGUGUAUAGGAUCAAGUUGUUUAUUAUUUCCAUUAUUUUUCUUUUUUGCCAGGAAGUGAAUGCUCUAUGUGGGGUUAAUGAAUUUCUAAAGCAAUACAAUAAAUGAAUAGUAAGUUUUUUUUUUAAGUGCAACAAAUAUGAGCAAACUUUAGUACAAUGCACAUUAGUCAAUAGAUAAGUGAGGUGGCAGAAUAACUUUGUAUAUGAAUUGCAUAUUAAUGUAUUUCAGGAGUGGUUGUUUGGAUCACUAAACCACAUGUUACUUUUAUGAAAUAAGCAAAAGUAUCUUUGAUUUUAAGGAUCUAAGAGGCACCUAAUUGUUUAACCAUUUUGGCUUGUCGCUAACAUUGACAAACUGUUUUAUUGACCAAAUUUGAAGCCCAGUAUAUAUUUUUUUUAUGCCAGUUACUCAUUUGAGAACACUGAGCAGUUCUGAAGUGUUGUCUAAAUAUAUAUUUUUCAAUGCAUGUGCUUCUUGCAAAACCUUGGAAAAAUAAAAGGCCUCUAAUGUGCUGGUUGAAUGCAACCUGUACACUUUACCUUUUUACACAAUGUACUUAAUCUGUAUGUCAUGAUAAAAAUUACUCAGUUCCAAUGUUUCUGUAAUGGCAAAAUUGGUGAUGUUGUCUGAAAACAAUUCUGUUCCAGUUUUGAUGGUGAACACAUGCUAUUUUCUUUAAAUCAUUGAAUAAGAAAUGGAUCUGUACAGCAAUGGUAGGUAAAUGGGAUCAAUAUUUUCACAUGCUUGUCAAAAUUUGUAGUUUAGUUCUUUCAUUUCAUUGGCCAGUCAGGUUCUAUUCUAAAUUUGAAUGGUGUUUUACUGUAUCCAAGGUUUUAACAGAAACAUAUAAAGGUUGUUGAAAGGCACUAAUGCUUGCUCUUUAUGUUCCCAUUCCCUUAGACCUUGAAUGUUAAGUCUGCUACAUAUUUUGGUACAUUUACAAUGUCAUCUACUGACAUUCCUGAUUCAAUUUUAACUCUGUAGAUUAAUUUUAUUACAAUUUUCCUCUGUAUUCAGUCUUAAGUAAUUGCAUAAUUACAACACUAAACACCACUAAAGAAUGCAAAUAAAGCCAUGAA